AUGGAGCAAGUCCACAUAUCCAGGCUAGUCUUGCUCAUUUCUUUCUCCGCAUUUCUACUGGUAGCUCCUCAGCACCUGGACAAUCAGACCAUUCAAGGUAUCGGCCAGACGAUUCCAGCCGCGGAUUUUCAAUGCAGGUAUUCUUAUGACACAGAUCUCUUACCGGAAUUGGAUAUCUACCUUGAUACUAUCCAAGUCAUGUCUGCAGCUGCCAUGUCAGACUACAAUCAGGCAUUUCCCCCGGAAGCUGCUGUGUUCAACAAUGUUCAGCUAGCUUACAAUGGUGUCACUCGAGCAUCGAGUGUUUUUCAGGCAACCUUGUUGAGUGGACUUUAUCGCCAGCUAGAAGAAUUUGCUAAAGCUCGCCGGUUUCUUGCCCUUCGGUCCACAUGCUUCCGCGGAUCUGAGACCCUUGAGAACUUCUCCUACUCGGUAUUUCAAACUUCGGUGGGCAGAAAUCAAUCUCAAGGUGUCAGUGAUGCCUUACCAAAUGCUACCAAAAGUCUUGCCAUCAACACAUCGGGCUCUUCCAAUCCAGCAUGCUUUAGUAUUGGUGAAAAUUCGAAGAGACCAGUCUGCUUCAAAUAUCAACUAUUCAGCUCACCAGUCUCCCAUGGCGACUAUUUUAAGAGCAUUGCAGGGCUCUUAUUGGACGUAGCCCCGGAGGAUAAUACAGAACCAGUCAACAGAGUUGCCACGAAUGAUCUCAAUGGAAUCACAACCGAAAUUAGGAGGAAUGAAGCAAGAGGAUAUCUGCCGGCCACUUUGAUUUGGGAGGACACAAUUAAAAUGCUUUACUGGGCUGCAGGAGCCACCGUACACAACCCGUCUUUCACCGGGGACGGGUUUCAAGAGAUACUAGUCGCGGCGUUUUAUCAGGUUGGGUCGCAAGCAUUGUGGAUAGGGGACUUGCAGAUGAGAAGAUUUGGAGAAGCUGUCGUGUUAGGGGAUAAUAUAUCCGCCGCUACAUCAUUUGCAGCACCUGCGAGCGUUGCAUAA